CCCUCCGCUCAGUCACUGCACGGAAGCAGGCAGGAAGAGCUCGGAGGAGCUCAAUCCAACAUGACAUAACCUCGUGAACCGGCGCUUCCAGCCACGAGCUCGCAGUUUGCUCAGCCCUCCCUACCUCGCAGCAUCCCUGCGGUAUCCGUUUACAACUUUCCGCCCCCCCCCCGCGUGCCGCCCUCGGUACUUCUCCUCCCCUCAUCCGGAGAGACGAGCAGCAGCUUUCUGGGGAAUUACAGGAGUUCGCUUCUCCUCGCCAGACUUCAGCGGAUCUGCAUGGAUGUGACAGCGGAGGAAGAGACGCCUCUGCCGGGCAUCCGAGCGAGGAACAGACGACUGAUGCCGAGCCAGAGAAAGGUGAAAGCGAGGCGGAAGAGGCGAAAGGAGUUGGUUUUCAUCCAGAUCUGCUUGUUCGGCGGCUUGCUGCUGCUCGUCAAGGGGCUUUCCUACUUCGGGGAGAAUUCAGGUUCUGGUUCUGGUGCGUCGGUCCGGAGCUCUGGAGGCCAGGACCGCUGGGUGGGACGGAGGCUGCAGCAGGAAAUGGACAACAGCAGCCUGGAGCAAAUGGAGAUUGAAGAGGGAUCUAAGAACUGCACCACUCCAGCUCUGCACGAGUUUCCCACAGACCUGUUCACCAACGAAGAGCGGACGGAGGGAGCUGUGGCCUUGCAUGUCCUGUGUACCUUCUACAUGUUCUGCGCUCUGGCCCUUGUCUGCGAUGACUACUUCGUCCCCUCCCUGGAGAAGAUCUGUGAGCGUCUGGAUCUCAGCGAGGAUGUGGCGGGCGCCACCUUCAUGGCCGCCGGCAGCUCGGCCCCAGAGCUCUUCACGUCGGUGAUAGGUGUGUUUAUCACCAAAGGGGACGUGGGAGUUGGGACGAUCGUUGGCUCGGCGGUCUUCAACAUCCUCUGCAUCAUUGGCGUCUGCGGCUUCUUUGCCGGCCAGGCGGUGAAGUUGUCUCACUGGGCUCUGCUGCGAGAUUCCACCUAUUACACAUUUUCCAUCACGGCUCUCAUCGCGUUCAUCUACGAUGAGAAUGUGUGCUGGUGGGAAUCUCUGGUCUUGGUCCUCAUGUAUGCCGUCUACAUCCUCAUCAUGAAGUUCAACGGCAGAGCUCAUCGCUACUUCGACCGUCGAAAGAGGAACUCCAUGAAUCUGGCUAACGGACUGACGGGAAGCACUGACCUGGAGGACAACGUGUCAUGUGACGCCACUGCAGUCCUGCUGAAGAAAGUGAACUUCCACUGUCAGCCGUCUGUGCUGAUGGUGGAUGAGCUGCUGUCAGCCUACCCCCACCAGCUGUCCUUCUCUGAGGCUGGCAUGAGGAUCAUGAUCACCAGCCACUUUUCCCCAAGAACCCGCCUCACCAUGGCCUCCCGCAUGCUUAUCAAUGAGAGACAAAGACUGAUCAACACCACAGAGACUCGAGUUAACCACAUCACUAACGGCGACUCAGACUCUGCUGCCAGGACCCAGGGGAGGCGGGGCUUAGAAAAUGGGCUGGGUUUGGUAGAGCAGGGUCUGAACGGGAAGUGCAGACUGCAGCGGCUGGAGUCGGGCAACGAGACGGAGAACGAUGACAACGACAACAACGAGAACGAUGAAGAAGGAGAAGGGGAAGAUGAGAGCGACGGUCCUCUGGUUCCCUUCAAAGUUCCAGCGGGAGUCUGUAACAAACUCAAGUGGCUGUUCAUGUGGCCGCUGUCCCUGCUUCUCUUCUUCACCGUGCCCAACUGUGGCAAGCGCCGGUGGGAGCGGUGGUUCAUGGUGUCCUUCUUCACUGCCACCAUCUGGAUCGCCGGCCUCUCCUACAUCAUGGUCUGGAUGGUGACUGUGAUCGGCUUCACCCUCGGCCUCCCUGAUGUCAUCAUGGGCAUCACCUUCCUGGCGGCGGGCACUAGUGUUCCAGACUGCAUGGCCAGCGUCAUCGUGGCACGACAAGGUAUGGGAGACAUGGCCAUCUCCAACUCCAUCGGCAGUAAUGUGUUCGACAUCCUGGUGGGCCUGGGCUUGCCUUGGGCGCUCCAGACUCUCUGCAUCGACUACGGCUCUGUGAUCCACCUGAACAGCAGAGGACUCGUCUUCUCCGUCGGACUCCUACUGGCCUCAGUCUUCUUCACAGUCCUUGGAGUCCAUCUGAACAAGUGGACACUGGACUGGCGGCUAGGCCUGGUCUGCCUGGUCAUGUAUGCCGUCUUUCUGUGCAUCUCCAUACUGAUCGAGUUCAACGUCUUCAUCUUCGUCAACCUCCCCAUGUGCCGAGACAUCCACUGACCCCGCCCCGCUUUUCCGGCUCACAGAGGAAAGCUCACCUCGUUCUCGGUUUCUCGGCGCCUUUGAGGACAAGGCUAGACUUUUUCUUUCUUUAGAGAACUGGGUUCCAGUAUGGUUUUAUCUUUUGGUGCGAAACAGAGGAGGCGCUGAGAGGAAGAACCGAACGGUUGCCUGGAAACCGGGUGAACACCGUCGGACGUCGGUGAUGCAGCUGCUACAGAGGGGAGAAGAGAAAUCAGCCAUUUUUAGCUGUUUGUUACUAUUUGUACCCAUUUGGAUAUAAGCACACAUUUAAGGUAUUUUUAAGCAAACAAACAGCUUUGUCUCUGUAUAUAUUUGAGGAUUCUAUAGUUACCAACACUCACUGACACAUGGGGGGCUGGUCUUAUGCAGAACCGGAUCCACUUUACAGAGCCUCCAGUUCCAGCUGGCGUUGCAUGCUGCAGCCUCAGCCACCGCUUUGCACUGACAGACCCGAGAUGCAUAUUUAAAACCUCUGGAAGUCUGUCUUUCUUCCACGGUGGAGCAGAUGAGGGCUCCGUUAAAGAGCCCGCAGCCAGAGGAAGCCACACUCAGCACCGUCACUUUAUGAAUCUCAGACGUAGUUCUUCGAUUGUUUGUCUGCAGGUCCUCCGACGUGUUACUACUGAUGCUAAAGCUGCCUGUUAGACAUAGACGUUAGGUCUCCUUAAAGCCAAAAGUAUUUUUAGAUUAGAUGUUUAGAAGGUUCGAGUUUGAGGGACAAUCUGAGAGCUGAGGGUGGCGCUGUAACCACGGAGACACGGUGGUGAUUUAUUUAUGAAUGAGUUUAUUCAAAGAUCGUGUCGGUUUGCAGCGUGCGCCCGCUCGGGUCUCGGCGGCGUACUGUACCUGUUAUUCUCUAAUGUAAGAGCUGAAAACGGACUUGAUGUUGCUUAUAUGUUACAAUAGAGUUUUAUAAUUUAUAGGUUUUGUACAGUUAAGUUUAAACACAGAGAGGAAAUGUGUUGCUGAGUGACGAACUAGAAACUUUGACGCUGCUCAGCCUCAGCAUGAUUACUAAAAAGCUUCCGAUGCCCCCCUUCCUUGCAGCCACAAGAGGGCGGCACGGAGCUGGCAUUCAGUUUUGUUCAGGUUUGCAUGCCUAUGUCAUUAUUUAGUGUGUAAUUUUAGGGCAUUUCCAGGACCAGGGAGGCACUAACCACCCCGAUGACGCUGUACAUAUCAGCAGUAGUCGUCAGGAACGUGGCUACAAGUUCAUGUGCGCAGAAAUCAGUAGACUGUAGUCCUGCAGCAGCUCAUUUUCUGCUAAUGUUGUCAUUUGAUGCUCAUGUCUUUGAACCGUUUGUUAAGCUUUUGUAAACCAGGACCUCAGAGGUGGAGCCAGAAAAAAAUGUCUGGUUGUCUUCUUGCAAUAAACAGAUCUGCAGCUUUCAGCUUGUUCUUCUCAAAUGGCACGAGUCCUGUUGUGAGUACGAGUCCUGGAGCGUCUAGAUUUCUUCAUUACGUCUUCUGAUGUGUGAAAAAAAGAAUUUAAGCUUCAAACGUAUAUAUAUCUUCUUUAAAAGUGAUUCACAAAUCCCAAAUGUUGUAAUAAAAUCACUUCGUGAUACCAUAAUACGCUAUUGAUAGCUUCAGAAAAUCGAAUUAAAGCCCAUUUUAGAAUAAAAGGUAAUUAAAUGUUGCUUUAAAACAGACAGAAUAUCACCCUCCAAUGAAAUUUUAAGGCACACUUUGAUUCAAAAUGUUGUUUAUUUUGUACGACACUGUAUGAAAUCAGGAAAAACAGACAUAAGUGUUACACCAAACCUGAUUGGUCAUGCGAUUAGCAUCUGUACCGGCUUCAGAGAUCUGACAGGUCUGAUUUCACCUGAACGCUUUAUUGUCCAUAGAUGUCCUCAAAGCAGCUAAACAAUCUCUAAAAAUAGACUAAAGUUAAACAAGAGGAGAGAAAAAUGUAGUUAAAAAUAAGCUAGAAUCUGCAUAACUUUGCAGCAAUGUCAAAUAUUUGAUCAGCAGUUAUUUCUUUAGCAUGUAAACGGUGAUUUACAUGUCAAUGAAUGUAAAAUGCUUGAUUUUGGGUGAUUUGUGUUUCUAUGGUAACGCUACGGGGUUAUAUGAUGUGAUGCUGACUAAAAGACAUAAUAAAUGCCCUUCACCCUACAGAACCCACAGGAUUAAAUUUGGCCACUGCUUUUUCUUUAAAUCUUUCUUGGCUGCUGUUUAUUGCUGCUACCAAAAAUGAACAAAAAAACAAGACAAAUUCACUUUAUAACCCUAAAAGAUAGUUGUCCCUGGGCUCUCCAGGGUUGAUGACUUAAAUUAUUAUUUAUUUCCUUUUCUUUCUGUGCUAGACGUUUGCGCAAAGAUGCUAACACGUGAAUCCUCUCUGCUUGAAUCCACCUGAUUCCCUUUUUACUCUGUUAGCAUUAAGACAUCGAAAAUGUGUUUUCCUAUGAUUGACAAGAUUCUAAUAAAGCUACAAAUUAGUAAAACUCAAAACAAACUUUUUAAGAUUCUUCCUCUGGAUGUUAGCAUAAAAAUGCUAGCCUAGCGUAAUGAGUCAUGUUAGCUACGUCAUCACUGCUUUGCUGUUUAGCAGCUGAUCCUCUGGUAGACCACGGCUUUCUAUCUUUGUCUCUUGAUUUUGAUUAAAUCAUGAUCCAAGUUUGGUUUUGGAGAAGUUUGAAACAUCUAUGAACACUACUGGGUUUUUUUUCCUGAGGAUUUAGUGUCUGCUAAAUGCUUACAGCUCUUCUAACUUUGUUGUUUUUUUCUUCUCUCUAAAAAACACUGAUAUGAUUCAGUACAAAAGUUUUCAAAGGCUACCAGAUUCUAGUCCAGUGGUUUCAUAAUCCCACUUAGAAUGUGGAGGAAGUUUUGUUUGCUUCUAAAAAUCGCAGAGCUACAGUCUGUCAAAAGUCCUGGUUUUAGUGAUCACAGAACUCUGACGUCAAUAAAAAAGUAAAUAAAAAUACCUCCAUUUCUUGGAACUGAAAGUUUUUGCCAGUUCAUUUCUGCUUUUUUGCCGUUUCAGUUCAGCAUGUAAAUGAAAUCCCAUUUUAGACAGUUUCUUUAUUUUUAAAUUAUUCCAAUAGAAAUAAUUGUUUCUUAAAAUAUAAAGGAAGACGCAUAUAAAUUCUUGAUUACAUUUAAUUAAUUUAUCAUUUAUUAGCAUAAAAAAUGAACUAAAAAUGGUACAUGAUGAGUCUUAAAAUAUUUUUGUUUAAACUACUUUAUCUACAUUUAUUUUUUAAUGUUUUAGGUGAUUUUUUUCUCCCAAAAAUGUUAAACUCCUGUUUUAUUUUCUCUGCUUUUGACCCAACCUCUAGAGAAUCAUGUGGUGGCUUUAAACUCUCAAGCAGGAAGGCAUUUUCUCCCCAUUUUUACUCUUGGUAGGAUUUGACUAUGGAUUUGAACCCACAACCUUACAGUCUCAGAGUUGACACGCUACUGCUAGGCCAACGAAGUUUUGCCUGCACUGUUUCUGUCUCUAUGAAAAUAAACUGCAUCCACUGCUAGGUUUAAAUGACAUUAGAAACCAAGCACGACUGCCCUUAUUUUACAAGAGAGGAGCAUCUGGAUGAAUCCAUGAACUUGCUGUGUUACUUCUAAGCAGAUCAGCAGAAAUAUGUGUGUUAUAAGGGGAGGGGACACCCCUGAGUCCCCCCUGGCCUCAAAAGGUUUAUGUUCACCCCUGUUAACUGUCACGUUACCAAUGUUUAAAGCAUUUUCUUCUUGGCCUUAUUUAUUUAUUUAUUGUUUGUAGUGAAAGCCUACACUUAAAAAAAGAACCGAUUGGUUGUUAUUCUCAAAUGUAAAAUAGCAGCUGUAAAUAAAGUUUUAUGUUCAUUUUUU